AGCGACGUACGUGCUGUCAAGUAGUCGACUUGAGCUGAGCUGAGCUGAGCUUCCGAUGUAAACCCAGGUACUAAUGUAAGCACUAAGGUCAUUUAAGGCCCUGAGUCUAGGGUUGCCACUUUCAAUGCGAAGAACGACGGGACGAUCUUGUAAUACACUGGACGGGUAGCAACUCGAGGUCUUUGGUAGGAGGUGACGCCACCGUGAACAAACAAGCUAGUGAAAGCCGGUCCUUGGCUGGAAGCAGCUUGAUAAGACUGAAGGUCACCUUUGGAGCCCUUUUGAGUACAAAACAUCGGCACAGUCAGUCAGGUGCCCUGUCGCGGCACACCGAGAUCCAGGGAUUUCUACAAAGCCGCAGGUAAACAUGUCCAUGAUCCUUCCUGGAGUUCCAUAGAAGUCGUCUCCAGUAGGGGUUUCACGGGAAUCUGCUUCACGGCGAUUCUUCUCACCUCUUCCUCGUUCCACCAGUUGAUCGUUACCUGUGACCCUCAGCACGGAAAGCCGAGGGACACAAUGGCACGCCGGCCAAGCUUAGCAUCCCUGGAGGAACAGCUACGGUGCCCGGUUUGCCUGGAGUUGUUCACGGAGCCUCUGAUGCUGCAGUGCGGUCAUUCCUACUGUCGGGGCUGCGUCCGGUCCAUGACGGCUGACCAGUUCGGGCAGCUACAGUGUCCCGUGUGCCGCAGCGAUGUCGAUGCCGACAGCCCCCCACUUAACGUCAGCCUAGCUCGCAUUGUGGAACACCUGCAGGAGGCGAGCGGGGCGGCAGCCGCUGCGGCAGAGGGGGGAGCAGAACCAGAAACGUGUGUGGAGCACCACAACCCGCUCAGUCUAUACUGCGAGGAAGACCGUACGGUCAUCUGUGGUCUGUGCGGCAGCAUCGGCGUGCACCGCACACACAAGAUCACCCCAAUCGGCAGCGUCUACAGCCACAUGAAGGAGGACAUUUCUUCUCUGAUGACGCAGCUGCAAACACAGAGGAAAAAACUGGAGGAGCAGAUUUGCAAAAUGGUUAACAACAAGUCACGCAUCACUAACGAGUCGGAUGUCCUGAAGUGGGUGAUCCGCAAAGAGUUCGGGGAGCUGCGGCGCCACCUGGAGCAGGAGGAGGCCGGCUUCAUGCACAGGGCAGAGAGCACUGCUGCCGCCCUGGUGGCCGGCAUCCAGAGGCAGGUGGAAGACAUGACGCAGGUGUUAACCAGGUUCCAGAAGGCAGAGGAGAUGCUGGAGGGGCUGAGCAACGAGAGCCACUUGGGCUUCAUUACGAAAUAUGGAUCCAUUGCCCCGAAGAUCAGGGAGUGCCAGCUGAAUGAGUGGAGAGAGGAGCGUGCCUAUACCUCAGUCACAUUUAAGCCUGGCUUCCACCAUGACGACAUCAAGAUCUCCGUGUGGAAACGGCUGCACAGGAAGGUCCUACCGGCCCCUGAGAGCCUGAAGCUGGACCCCCUGACGUCCCACCCCAUGCUACGGCUCUGCCACGACUACAGGGCCGUGGAGUGCGGCGCCCUGCCUGCACAGAUGCCCAACAAUCAGGAGCGCUUCAGCUACAGCUACUGCGUGCUGGCCAGCCGUGGCUUCUCCUCGGGGAAGCACUACUGGGAGGUGGGCGUGGGGGCCAAGCCCAAGUGGCGUCUGGGGCUGGUCAAAGGCACCAUCUGCCGUAAGGGCAAGUUACCCAAGAGCCCCGAGAGCGGCGUCUGGCUCAUCGGCCUGAAGGAGGGCCGCCUGUACGAGGCCUUCGCCAGCCCUCGUGUGGGCCUGCCGCUCAACGCCCAGCCUGCCAAGAUUGGGGUCUACCUAGACUACGAGAAAGGUGAGCUGGCCUUCUACAAUGCUGACAGCCCCCAGGAGCUGGCCUUCAUCUACAAAUUCCAGGCAGAUCUGCAGGGAAAGGUCUACCCGCUGUUCGACGUAUGCUGGCACGAGAGGGGGGUCAACAAGCACCCCCUGACCCUGCUGCAGCCGCAGGCAACCAAAUAGCU